AUGUUAGUCGCUUCGAUUGGUCUUACCCUGCUGCUGCAAGUCAGUUCAAUAGCAGGACAAGGAUACCAAGUAUAUGGAUCACCCAAUGUGCAGGUUAUAUACCCGACUUCGUCGCAGGUUCAAGUCAUAGGCUCAAGACCGUUCUUCCGGCGCGGGAUAUGGGAAAUUGUAAGAAAUCUUACGAUCACUGCAAAUGCAACUAGCCAGGAUGUACAAUUUGUCAGUCCUUCGGCCAACGCAAAUAUUGCGUUGUCAAGUAACCACAAUUCCGGGAACGCUCCUCUACGAAAUCUUCUGAGAAACCUGUUUGGUCGCCAGCCCAAUAUCCAAUAUGUGAACCUGAAUAGCAGAGCCUUCAACGACCGUUCCCAGGAGCCACAGUACUGGGGUAAUUAUCAGCCCUUUGCCAGUCCAGUGGCUUUGCCCCGCACACGGGUUAAGUUUGUGCGACAGGGUGUGCCUCGCCGGAUUUUGGUACGGAAUCUCAAGUCCAGCCAGGCUCAGAUGACCAAUGUGGAAACUUACAGGAUUCCUGUUUUCGAGGACGAAUGGCAGUAUGACACGACAUUUUCCGAAUAAUAUCCUGAUUUCGAAACUUGCUACGAAAUUAAAGUCGACUCUUAGGAGAAAA